GAUACCAUCAUGUUGGGUUAAGAAUGGUGGUGUAUUGUGGCCUACACAAGGAGCUGCGAGAGCAUUGAAGGCCUGCAAAGAACCAGAAGAGUCAUGGACGAAAUUCCCGUUAAUAAAAAUUAAGAUUCAGUCAGGUAUGGGUUUUGUAAGGCAUAGACUUGUGUCAUAUAUGAACGUAAGGCAAAUUUCAAAUAGUCAACACAUACAUAUGGACAUUUCUUUAUUUUUCUCUUUUACAUGAACAUUUAAGUAUCUCAAUCUGUCCCUUAUGUAUGUUUGGUAAUUUCUUGCCUCCUAUUAUGUCAGUUUUGCUUGUGUAUUUUGGGGAGACUGUCUUAUUGUUUGGUUUUAUCUCGAACAACAGCAAAUAACCAUAAAAUUAAAAGUAACUAAAUAUUAGAAGCACAACACAAAUAAACAGUCUCAUCCAGGAAAAAAACAACAACAAAAUAUUUUCGAGAGGGAACAGGAGGAAGCAAAAAGCUUAUUUAGUCCUGCCCCUUCCUCACAAAAUCAUAUCAUAUGCAAUCAAAAGAACAAUAUUGUCAUUCAAUAGCCUGUUUAUUGUUGACUGUUGGCAUGCAAGAUGAUAUCCGCUUAUAUAAAUGAAACAAGUAUUUUAUAACAGCCAAACCUCCAUUUUUAGCCAGUUGCUGUUGUAUAUUAAGACUUACUCAUUUGUAUGCAUUUUACCAUUGCUGUAUGUACUUUCAGAUGACAAUAAUGAAUGCGAGAAGUAUGAUUUCACUACAACUGCUGAAUUGAGUGGCUCAGAAGAGGAGUUACCGACGAAGAGGAGGCCAAAAAAAAAAAUGUAUCCCGACUACCAAAUUGAUGAACCAUCUGUCAAUGAAAACAGUCAAAAAGAAUCUUCUCCAAGUCUUAUGAUAAAAAGUACAGGUGAAAAGGCUACAAAGAAGAUUCGAAAAUUUAUUCCUUGUGAAGGUAUGUGUUAAUUUACAGGAACCAAUGCACUGAUGGCAAUGUCUACAUGACCCCAAGGGCUACAUCAUUGUAACACUGUAUUUUUAGAGUAAACCAACUAAAGGAUCUCCACAGAUAGUUUGAUCGUCAGGUGCAGGUUGGUAGCAGGAACAUUUAAAGUAAAACGGUGAAAUAGACCACCGCAUGCUGAAAAACUUUACAGAAUCUUUGUGAGCAAGCAACACGUUUUGCCUGUAGCUCCCUCUGAUUGUUGCUCACUCAGAACAAAGAUUCAGUAAAGUUUUUCAGUGUGCGGUGAUCAAAUUUACCUGUUUUGCUUUCAUUGUAUUUUUAGAGUUUGUAAUAACAUAAUAGUCUUUGUUGGAGCCACAAUGAGUGCUUUUUGUUUUUUGAACACUGGUUCAUUUUGGGGUAUGCCACACCAAAAGGGGGCAGUGACACCUUGGUGGUGGGUCAUGUCACACAAUCAUGUCAUAUGAAGACGGGGGGUGGGCUCAGUAUGUUUGAAUCAUAGGAGAGAUGUAAUGGUUCUUACUGCAAACUCACAACUAGUCACACUUUGCGGUAAAUAUUGCACAACUACUAACACAAUAAAAAUUGUAGCAUUGUAGCAUUUCAAUCACCACCGUGGCUAUGUCAGUAUCGGGCCAAUUAGUUACUACAGUUUUGAAAGUACUUUAUGACUGUUGACUAUUUAUUACAGAUGACUUUGUUCUUCCAACUCCUCCCAAAAUGACGAAUGCACAGUCUGGUAAAUAUGGCACAACUGCUAACACAAUGAAAAGACUCCACAUCCUGCAUCCUGCAAAUACAAGUAAUGAGAAUCAAGCCAAGAAAAGACUAACAAAAGAUGACUUUGUUCUUCAAACUCCUCCCAAAAUGACAGAUGCACAGUUUGAAAGAACCCAAAUGGACAUCCCCUCAAGACCUCAAUCUCGAUCCUUGGCACACAGUGGUAGCAGGAGUCCCUCUGAGUCUCUUUCUAAUGGUCGAAGAUCAUUCAGCCCUGGCCAACAGAGUCUGUCCAGAUCCCUUUCUCAGAGAAAGCGUGGGGGUUCCUCAGGGUCUUCAACUCAUGGACAGAGAUCAUUCAGCCCUGGCCAACAGAGUCUGUCCAGAUCCUUUUCUCAGAGAAAGCGUGGGGGUUCCUCAGGGUCUUCAACUCAUGGACGGAGCCGUAGCCGAAGGAGUCCGUUCAAGUCACUUUUGCAGAAACGGAGGCAGAGUUCCUCAGAGUCCUUCUCACGGCGUCAGAAUGCUUCUGAACCCACAAGGAGUAUGCAACCCAUUUUCUCCAUCAGUGACACCCCAAGAACGACUAUCGACCGAAGCCUUAGGCAGCCUCCUGAGAAGUCUGAGAGCUGAAAGGGAUCCCCCAAAUGCAGCCAAGGCGACGUCUAUGCAUGCACACUCAAACAAAUUGAGGAAGGAAGACUUCCCGAUGUCUGAAAAAAAAUUCCAGAAGAGAGUUCUUCAGCUCCUUGUCGAAAUCAAAGAUACAAUUCACAUUGCCACCUCAUCUGUUGGAACAAGUUAUGAAGUAAAGCCGGCAAACACUGAAGAAGAGCUCAACGCUUUAGAGAAUCGCCUGGAGGACAAGAAUGAGGGAGCAGAACUGAGUAAACAUCUGAAGAGGUUGGGAGGCGUUGAUGCUGCAGACCAUGUGAAGAAGUCAAUGGCUGCAACUAUGACAAAUAAAAUGAUGGCCAUAAUGAGCCUCAGAGGAAGGAGUGGGAAGGUUGCCUUCAUGAAGACCCGUCUCUACAAGAUAAUCUGUGACGCUGUCUUCAGCUCAUUUGAUACAACUACAACAAAAGUAGACGAAUACAUGGCCAAAUACUUGAAAUAUGCACCAGAGAGGAUGGGUGGCGGUGGCAGAAAGAAGUAACUAGAAGGGAAGAUUUAACCAGCCGUGUUCAAUGUUGCCCAAUGUUUAGGCCGUUUUUCUAAAGGUUAAAGUUUGACUUGUGUGAAAUGUUGGCACACUUGCAGCCAUGUAAUAAAACAUGUUUCUUA